GUCAUCGUCUUGAGACAGAGCCGCACAGCAGCAAGAAAACUGCGUUCUUCUUUCACAAAAAACAAAACAAAACAAAAACACUUGGACAAAAAAAAAAAAAAAAUCUGUUGUGAACUCUCAGUUUUUGUUCUUCUUUCGUGUUACGACAAAGUUAUUCACACGUGCGUGUGUUACCUGCGUUUUUCUUUUGUCGAUCAAUUUCUUUUGUUUCGAGCAGUUCGGAAGAAAACAAAGAAAUUUUUUAAGGUUUUUUUUUUUUUUUUUGACGAACGUCUGGUACGUUAGUAAUAGUAGCAAGAAGUCCAGCCUCGUUUAGUAGAGUAGUAGCAGCAUCAGUAGCAAAACGGUUUUUGUUUUUUACGGAUGUGCAGAUGUGAAACAGCUGCUGGCGUUCCACCGUUUUUCACCAGUGUCUUGUGCUUCUCUUGUGCUUCUCUCUUCACUCCGCCUGCUGCACCUCCCCUGUGUCUGUGUUACGUUCGAGGCUUGUUGCCUUGAUUUUGCUGCUGUGCGAAUCUAUAAACGGACGUCAGCAAGCCAACGAGAAGAAGAAAGUGCUUCUGUUUUGCUUUUUUUUGGCAGUCAACAUUCCGGCCGGAGCGAGAAGGAAAAAAAAAAAAAAAAAAUUAUAAUUCCGCGUUUUUCGAAAGUGGAACAAAGCCGCGGGAAAUCCUUUCGUUUGAAACCUCUCGCUUUUUUUUUUUUCAGUUUUGAGCUAUAAGUGUAAUUCCGUAUUUCUUUGGAACGGAGGUCGACCACCAAGGAUUACCACAACUGCCUGUUACAACUUCAAACCGAACAGACGGGAGAGAAGGAAAAGAAGAUAAGAGAACAUUUGUGUUGGCAACAGUAGCGUCCAUGUCUCCGGAUUGAGCAGUCGCUUCGAACGUUGCGUUGCUGCCCUAUCGGAUUUCCAGUGAAGUUAAAAAAAAAAAAUUUUUGAACUGAAAGGCCAAAGUCGCAAGAACAUGGCCGACUCGAAGGAGUCGCGUCUAUCGUCGGCCAGUUUCAUGGCACCGACUCCGCACGGACUGGCCGCUUACCCGCACGUUAUGCACAUGUCUGCCGCUCACGCAGCUGGCUUACGAGAAGUUUCCGCAUUCCGACCCGUGGUGCCAUCGCGACCGGUGAACAACAUCAUGCCGUCCUUCCUGGGAAACGCAGACGAGAGCUCCUCCUCACCGCAAAAGGCCAACAGCAGCGAAGCUGGCGAGCGUAGCGGCAAGACGAACUUCGACUACACCAACCCUACACCGGUGAAUAGCAAAAACAGUGGCGGACCCCCGUCGAGUGCAACAAGUUUGCGCCCAGGUGACAAAAGGACAGCAGAGGAAUCUUCGCUGGGUCCACCGCCGGCCCAUCCGCCACCACCGUCUUCCUCCUCUUCGUCCUCGUCUUCGACAUCGUCGUCCAACCGUCGACCUGCUGGAGGCAACGGUGGAGGUGGUCGAAUCCUGGAACCUCUACCGGCUUCCUCAGCUUUCGGACUGGGCAAAUCGCCCUUCCCAGUCUUCCCACCGUCGGCCAACCAGUCCCAACAUCAAUCUGGACAUCAGCAAUUCGCCGGCCAUUACGAUACGUUUUCGCCCGUUUUCUCUUCGCCUUUCGAUCGCCGUUUGAUAUCACGCGGAAGCGCAGGAGGUGGAGUCUCUUCAUCCUCGUCUACCGUAUCGUCCGGCAUCGCUCCCGGACGGGCAUCUCGCCCCAAGAAGCAGUUCAUCUGCAAGUUCUGCAACCGCCAAUUCACCAAAUCCUACAAUUUGCUCAUCCACGAGCGGACGCACACGGACGAGCGGCCAUACUCUUGCGACAUUUGCGGCAAAGCCUUCCGUCGUCAAGACCACCUCCGUGAUCACCGUUACAUUCACUCGAAAGAGAAGCCGUUCAAAUGCGCCGAUUGCGGCAAAGGUUUCUGCCAAUCGCGGACGCUGGCCGUCCACCGCAUUCUCCACUUGGAAGAGUCGCCGCACAAGUGCCCGGUUUGUGCUCGCAGCUUCAACCAGCGCUCCAACCUCAAGACGCAUCUCUUGACUCACACGGACCUGAAGCCGUACGAGUGUUCGUCGUGCGGCAAAGUCUUCCGUCGCAACUGCGAUUUGCGUCGCCACGCUCUGACCCACGCCGUCGGUGACGUUGGCACUGAAAGCGAAAGCAACGACACUUCCCUCCAUUCGCCUGGAUUGCAAUCGGUUGUCGGCAAAUCAUCCGGUGGCAUUUCGAUGAUCCAUUCGAAUCGCGCUUCGGAUUUAGAGGCAGGCCCCAGUGGCUCCAAAUCGGCCCUGGAUUAUGUCGAUACAUCGGAGGAUUCAUCCGACUCUUGCGAUUCUUUCAUCUCAGUCACAUCAUCACCUGUACCGACUUCGUCUGCGGCUGCGCUACUCCGCCAGACGGAAGCAGCAGCCGCCGCUGCGGCUGCUGCCGCGGCCGCAACCAAAGAAUCGGCGCCGGCUGACAUGAGCGCCGAAGUCCGCGGACCUCCUCAACCACCUCCGCCUUUAGUCCAGUUGCUUCCACCUCCGGCGGCACGUCCGAUGAAUCCAUCGCGACCAUCUGGCUUCAGUAUAGAGGACAUUAUGCGUCGCUAAAAAACCCAACUCCAAGUUUCAAAGAAAAAGACGUUCCUUUUUUUUCACGCGUGUGUGGGUGUGGGUCCCCAGUGGUUCAACGUCCACGUUCAAUACGUAUAAAUACCUAAAUUGUACAGCAUCACACGAAUGUUGUGAAGAAAAACAAAAUAGGACACAGUGUUGAGACGACGGUGUGAUGACAGCGCCAAACAUUGUUUCGUUUGUUUUUUUUUGUUUUUUUUUAAAUUGCAGCGCUUUUAAUGAUCGAUCUCCGCCGCUCGCAGUAAACAGCUCAGCCGAUUUUUCAGAAUUCACGCAACAUUGACCGUGUACGCGCUUCUGUGAUAUACUCAAUUGCUUUGUGUUUUAUUUUAUAUUCUUUUUUUUUUAUAAGAAUCAAAUCACAAUUAUUAUGUCAAGAAUAUGGAGAUGAGGCUUUUCUACUUUUGGUUGAAUCGGUGCCAAAUCGUUCUACUAAAUUUUCUUCUACAUCUUUCUUGUCCAUUUCAUCAAAUUUAUUUUUCGUGAUUUUUUUCUUUUUUAAUUGUCCAAGGCUCCCGGUCUCUCGCUCUCUCUCUUUGUCGAGAGAACAUGUAAAACUCUCACCCUGAAACGAGGCUCCCAUGAUCGCCACCUUCUGCGUGCAAUGUGAUGAAGCUCGCACCGUAGAACAUAUUUUGCGUGACAGUAAAUGCUAUAGAAACACCCAAGUGCUGCUGAUUUCUCCUUGCAAAUCUCUUACACCUUUUUUUUUUUUUUUGAAUACAUUAUACAAGUACAGAGGGAAGCAUGUAGUUUUUGCAUAAAAGUAGAGAGGGAUAAGAAGUAAAAAAAAAAAAAGAAAGUGAGCAGAAGCGGCUGGAAUGAUGCUACUCAUUCCGCUGCUGCUCUUCUAUUCCUUUUUUUCGUUUUAUUCAAAAGUUCUCCUCAGGUGCGCGCGCUGACGACCAUCUGUGGCCUUCCUGCUGGGAUUGUAUAGGUUCUCUCUGAGAGAGACUGGAGGCAUACAACAUAUAUAUUUUUUUUUUUUUCAAAGUUAUUUUCUUUUUCACUCAAGGUUUUUCUCUCUCCCCUGAAACAUUCCCGAGACCCCACCUUUUACCGUCUAUAAAAUACAAACAGGUUGAAUGUAAGAAUAGAAAAAAUUCCAAUGUAAGAGACAGGACAAAAGAAAGAAGAACCCCCCCACGAUAAAAAUAAUAAUAAUAUAGUUGUAGUUUAUUCUCUUUCUUUUGUGUGUGUCUGUGUAUGUGUGUGAGAGAGAGAGAGAGAGAGAGAGAGAGAGAGAGAGAGUUUAUACUUGCGUAUUUGACGCAAUUUUUUAAAAUAAGAAAUCGUGCUACAAAAACAUGUGUGUGUCCAACCAAUCUCAAUUCAAGGAAUUAAUUGCGAUCAAUCAACUAGUGUGCGGGAUAUUCAUAUGGUCUAUGUCUGUUGAUAUUUUAAUUUUUGAUCCUUUUUUUUUUUGGGUGUCUAUGUGUCUGUAAUCGUCUGUUAUAUAUCUAUAAAAAAAUAUGCUGGUGAAUACAAAAAUCAGGUAUUCGUGUUGA